UGGACUGCCAAAGUAAUUCGAAUCAUAUAUAUAAUUCGAAUAAUAUGACUUAUUAUAGAGUGUAAACUUGACUAUAUUAGCACAUCCAAAUUUUUGUAAUGUAUCGUUGUCGUAAAUAAGACGCCUGUCUUUAGAUGGAAGAACCACCAAAGAUAGUGCGGAAGGCACCGCCUGUUUUGCCGCACGUUGCAAGAGCAUUGCAAUAUGGCGGACCUCCUGCUUCAGUCGGUCCAUCCGGUCAAGUUGAAAACUCUCAGCGUUUGCUGCCAAACUUGAGUGUAUUUGCUGGAGAAGUUGUAUCACAGAAUAGAUUUCAAAAGGAAGCACUGGAGGGAUUACAGCAAAUCCUGAAACAACUUCACUCAGAUGUUGAGACUCAAAAGAAAAUGUACCAAUCAUUGUCAACGGAGAGAUUGCUAUGGGAACAAAAAAUUGUUCUCUGCAAGGAAACGGCGAUUCAUAGCAGGAGCGAAAUUAGUGAGGUUAAGUCAGAGCUUCUUGAUUUGAUGAAAAUAAAACAAAAGAUAUUGGACCAGAUUCAAACAACUGAAAUAGAUAUAAGUAAAUGUGAAAAUCAAAUUAAAAAUCAAGUUUGCAAGAUGGAAAAACACAUUCAAAAGAUAGUGAAGAUAGAAGAAAAAGGCGAGGUCUUCAGGAAAAUUUCCGAGGCAAGGGAAAAACUUUCUCGAGUGCAAGACAACAUAAAUCAAUAUGUCACAUCAAAGAAUAUGGCGUUGGAGUCUGCGGAAAUAAGAUCAGAAAUGAAAAAAUUAGAUGAAGAAAAAAUGAAAUUAAGUGGAAUUUUAGUUCACAAAAGAAAUCAAGUGAAAGGAGAGGAAGAAAAAAUUUCAAAGAAAUUACAAGAACAAGAUGUGGCAAGAAAUAAAUUUGCGGCGCAAAAGCUGCGCCUUCGUCGCCAGAUUGAGAAAUCUAAAAACGUACGACAGCAAUUGAGAGACGAAGCUGAUUCCAUCAGAAUGCAGAUCAGAGAAAUUGCGGACCAUUUUCUUCAAAAAUGUUAA